AUGAUGGUGUUUGCUGACGAAACCCCCCCUCCAAUCAAAAUACGCGCGAAACGCAAAAUUCCAAAAUCAAAAACACCAAAACUCAAUUCAAUUCAUUCAUCAAACCCGCGGCCCCUUUUGUGCGCGAUGCCGCUCGCUCAUAAAGCAGUUGGCAGACACGAGUCCCUAUCCGCCUCCCAAUCUCCUCCCCGAUCUGAACAUCCGCAGUAUCCGGAUCUUGCCGACGAUAACGACUCGGAGGAGCAGCCUGGACCAUCACCAUCAACAUCUUCGCCACCCAUCAUGAGAGCCGCCAGGGAGGUCAACACGCAGCAACCUCCUGUCAUAACGGGCACAACUGCCAAUAGCAAGACGACAGCGGUCACCCUAACGAGCAAAAGGGCAAGCCCGAUACCCUCGAGCCCAACCUUGCAUACCGUCCUCACGGACGCCUCGCCCACCAGCGCAAAUAAUCACGAAGCACCUGCUUCUAUGCCACCUGCUAAAU